AUGGGACAUACCGAGUCCGGCCCGGGUCCACUCCGUGACCAAGAGAUGCCCGAUGAAGUCAGUGCAGGGCCAACUCUCGACGAGGAACGGAUGGAAAGAUCUCUCAUCCGAAAGAUUGAUCUGCAUAUUCUGCCAUUAGUGGUGUUGGUAUAUCUCUUCAGCUUCCUAGAUCGAGUCAACAUUGGAAAUGCACGCUUGUAUGGCCUGGAAGAGGAUCUGGGUCUCGUGGGCAACCAGUACCAAGUGGCCGUGUCCAUUCUUUUUGUGACCUAUUGUUUCUUCGAGGUUCCAUCGAAUCUCGUACUCAAGAAAUUAAGGCCGUCUCGUUAUAUUGCCACGAUCUCGGUCUUGUGGGGUAUCAUUGCAACCCUCACAGGUAUCACUCAGAGUUAUGGCGGGCUGGUCGCCUGUCGAGUCCUACUCGGAGUCGUAGAAGCGGGCCUCUUCCCGGGCUUUAUAACUUACCUCACUCUAUUCUAUAGUAAACAGGAACUUGCUCUGCGCACAAGUUACCUGUUCAGCAGUGCAGCCAUCGCGGGAGCCUUCGGUGGAUUACUGGCGUACGGCAUCGGGUUCAUGGAUGGCAUCUGUGGACUACGAGGCUGGCGCUGGAUCAUGAUCAUCGAGGGCAUCCCGACUGUUCUUCUGGGUGUGAUAACUUGGUUUGCUCUAGCCGAUGACCCAGACACGGCUUACUAUCUCAACAAGGAGGAGCGGGCGCUUGUUGUUCGCCGCCGUAGUCGGUAUAUCGGCCAGACAGAAUCCGCACAGAAGUUCCACUGGGCGGAUGUCAAAGAGGGAGUUUUGGAUUGGAAGAUCUGGGCAUUCUCCAUUGGCCAAUUUGGGGUCGAUACCAUGCUCUAUGGAUAUAGUACCUUCCUCCCUACUAUCAUCAAAGGCAUGGGCAAAUGGUCCAUUGCCGAGGUCCAGGCGUUGACGAUUCCAUGCUAUGCACUUGGUGCACUUGUUUAUCUGGGAGUUGCCUGGUUAAGCGAUCGCACUCAACAUCGCGCUCUCUUUAUCUGUCUCUUCGGCGUUUUCUCGUGUGUUGGCUAUGGCAUCUUGAUUUCGGACUCGCCCUCGGGUGUUCAUUACUUCGGUGCCUUGAUGGUCGCAUUGGGACUGUAUGUUGUCGUUGGGUUACCUCUUGCCUGGCUGCCUACCAACUUGCCACGAUAUGCAAAACGCACCUAUGCAACCGGCUUGCAGCUUACCUUCGGAAACAUCAGCGGUGUCAUGUCGCCAUUUUUGUAUCCCAAUUCUGAAGGCCCGCGCUUCGUCCGUGGCAAUGCUGUUACUCUGGGCUUGGUUGGUUUUGCGAGUAUUGUGUAUGGCCUCAUGUGGCUUAGCUACCGUAUCAUCAACAAACGCAGGGCCCAGGGUCUGGAAGACGAGAAGAUAUCCUCUCUGUCGGAGCAGGAUAUCCAAGAAAUGGGUGAUCGGAACCCCAGGUUCCUGUAUACCACAUGA